GGCUAGAUGCACUCCUCAAUGGCAGUUACGAAGAUGUGCCCGAAAGCAUUAAAGGAAUCAAAUUGCAACGAUUCUUCUCCAGGACUCAUAGUGAAAGAACCAGUCGCUCUUCCCCGCGGAUACUUGAGAACUCAAUCCAAAACAUGACAUCGAAGGUUGUAUUCGGAUUUCACAGCGGGUAUGAGGAGGUUACAACUGGUUUGCCUCGAUCUCGCACAAGCCGUAACGCAAUAACAAGAAACCACACAAUAUUUGAUAGGAUUGAGGUUCUUGUUUCUACGGAGAUGGCACAACCUCUUUUAAGAGAUGAUUUGACAGAUGCCGAAAAGUGGGUUGCUUGGAUACCUAGCAUGCGACCGUCUAUUAAUAUCUACAUACAGGAUGGGAAACCGUUUGAGAAUUGCAACUACUCUGGUUCAUGAAUUUGCACAUGCUAUACGACGGUCCAUUAUCAAUGAGAGAGACGAUUCCGAUUACAAAGCGGCCGAAGGCGAGAAUGAACCUUACUUUGAAGAUGAACCUCUAGCCGAACUAGGAUACUCAUUUAUUGAGAAUUUAAGCCUUCCCUUAUUACGAGAAAAUUCGAAUACUAAUUCCGUGAACAGAUCUGGGGAGGUCAACCGACGCCUCUUGUGACUCAGAUGUAUAACCGUGGUGGUCCUGGUCUCCCCAAUUUGGGAAUCAUUAAGACAAGCUGGUUCACCGAUAAGAACAAAGCUUACCAAACAUCUAGAAAAGCCCCACCAUUGAAUCGAAAACCAAAAAGAGGUCAGAUUGAUAAUUUUCACACGUAUGAUUACUGGCCAGUGCCAACACAAUGGUAUUCUUUUCUCUUUUCAGAAGGAUUUUGGGAAAAUGUUAGGGAAUUCGGGCCCGAAGCAAAGAAAAUAAGAACGGACAAGCGAGGGAUGAGAUACCUCUCAAAAGAUCAUCCUGAUGCAAAAUCUCAGAUAGACGAUAGUGGUAUUCGCAUUGGGUCCGGAUGGCCUUACGGAAUACCCCAAACUAGGAGCCAGAUCAAGAGGUUCAUAGUCGCGAACAACGUAUCAACGAGAAUUAGUAAACAGCAUUGUUUUGAGGAAGGAAGUCCUGAUCCAUUAGAUCAUUUCAACAUAAAACCUCCGAAAGUGACUUACUUAUGUCCAAGGUGGAAUGAAAUUACUGAGCAUUUAUUUAGCAAUCGCGGACCAUUGAAGUUGGCAUUAGAUACCAUGGGACUUUUAUCAGAACCAACAUUCUUUCGGUACAUCAGAGAUCAUGGCGGUAUCAACCUUACAUCCUUAGAGUUUCGAAACUUUUUAGGCGUUGCGGAUGAGAAGCGAGAACUAUUCUUAUGGGAACCAUUCCCUGGCUUCGGGAUUGUGAAACGUAUUGCAACAGGCUGGCCUCUAAUAAGCGAGCUUGAUUCUAUAUCUUGGCCAUCACCAAUUGGCGAGCCAGACGAAGACGAUAUGGAGACUCUAGAUAAUCUGAUGUCGGAUGAAGCGGUACAAGCAGCUUUGUAUGAGUACUGUGGCGAGUGUAGAGACUUGGACAUAGAAACGUUUAGAUUGUGGCUAGUUGAUCGAUUCGAAAUGGAAGAGUUUGAUGGGGAAGAUGCGGAUGAGGGAUUUCGGGAUGUAAUAUGGGAGACUGUGCGACAAGGUGGUGCAUACUUCACACUCGGUCCAAAAAACAUUGUUCGGUUCAUAUACCCCAUUGAAGAGAUAAGAGAGGAGAGAGCAGAUGCAUUUGCAAAAGAAAGGAUGAAAGCCAUACAAGAAAGAGAAGAGGAUGCUAUAAUGAAGAUAGAUUUCUCAUAAACCACGACCAGCAACGCUGUUGCUUGGAUAGAUAGUCAGCUCAUCGGUAGUCGAAACUUCCUCUUAAUCAUUCAUUGUAUACUCA